UUCAAUUCGUGUGGAAACCUGUGUUGUUGUUUUUUUAUUCUCAAACAAUAAAAUGUGUGAGACCAAAAACUUCUACUUUUGGAUUCUUCAAAUUCUUGGCCUGUUAGGCAUCCUUGUUCUUUGUCUAUGGCUAGCAUUGCGUCCGGGAAGCCCCCAUUUUACGAUCACGAAUUUUUCGGUCCCUGCGGUAAAUGAUAGCAAUACAUCUGAUCAUGGGAUCAUUCAAUACCAACUUGAUAUCAAGAAUCCGAACAAAGACUCAGGUAUUUACUACGAUGAUAUCUUGCUAAUCUUUUAUCACGGGGUGAAUAUAGUGGGGAACAAUACUAUCCCUUCAUUUACUGAAGGGAAGAAUCGAAGUCAUCAAGUGCUCAACCAUUUCGAUGUUGACAACCCCUUUUGGGCAGCUCUUCGUAGUGCAAUACUGAAUGCAACAGCUGAACUAAGAGUGGAUUUAUCAACUAAGGUCAGAUAUAAAACAUGGCUAAUAAAGAGUAGGCACCAUGGGUUACACAAGGAAGGAAACAUACCCAUUGGUAAAGAUGGCAAGAUAUCCAACAACAAGAAGAAAGUUAAACUUCGGGAUGCAUCAAAAUGAUUCAAAACUUGGGCCUAUUAGUACCUUACCUCGGGUUUCUUCAUGUAUGUCUCUUCUUUUUAAUGUGUAUUCACGAGUUUCCCAAUAUACAAAGUUUACAUAGGUUGAUGAAUUUAGGUGUUUUGAAUGUAAUCAUCAAACGCAGACAUGCAAAUAAAACAAUAUUCUUUUUUUUUUUUCUGUCAACAUGUACCCGACCUUAAAUGUAAUACUAAUAUACAAGAUUCUUCUUUGUUUAUUCCAAAAGAAA